UCUACAACUGUACAUCAAGUGAAACAAGGUUUCUACAACUCUACACUGUAUGCAUGUACGUUUAGUGAUUCAGUGAUUUACAACCGCCCCAGUGAUGCAGAAUAUUUAUUACUUAGCACUGUUGGACACGUGGGAUGUUCCAUAUUGAAACUGCUCAAGCGCAACUGGAUAUAAAUACCAGGUCACCCACAUAAGCCCGCCGUAUCGCUUCGUAAUCCUUUGACACGCCGGUAGUAGUAAGGUGUAUAAUGGACUCUAAAGUUCCAGAAACUGUAAAGUUAGAAGUGGAGAAGACCAAUAAAUCCGGAUCAACAUUUAGCUCAUCAGAAACCCUUGAUAAUGAGAGGGAACACUGGGCCGGCAAGUUAGAUUCUCUACUUUCCUUUCUGGGAUAUGCUGUCGGACUCGGAAAUCUCUGGAGGUUUCCCUACCUUUGUAUGAGGAACGGCGGAGGAGCAUUUCUGAUCCCGUUCUUUAUUUUCCUGGUUUUAUGCGGACUGCCGUUGUAUUUCUUGGAACUCUGCCUUGGACAAUUUACUGGAAGGAGUGCCAGUCAUGCUUGGGAGGUUUGCCCAAUCUUUAAAGGUGUUGGAGUAGGGAUGGUGAUAGCUAUAGGAAUAAUAGGUUUGUACUACAACGUCAUCAUAGCCUGGACACUAUUCUAUAUCGGUAACAGCUUCAUUAGCCCUCUCCCUUGGAGCACCUGUUCCAAUGACUGGAACACCGACACGUGCGGUGCUCGUGGUAGUAAUAUCACGGGAAGGAACAGCUCCAAUAUCACUGGUGUGAAUGGGAUUCUUCAAAAUAGUACCAACAGUUACCACGCUUCAGUGACAAAUGCUAUCAAUGGACUUACGUCAGAAGAGGAAUUUUGGCAGUAUAAAGUGUUAAGUAUGUCAUCUGGUCUGGACGUCAUCGGUCGGGUUCCAUGGCACUUGGCAGUGUGUUUCAUCGCCGCUUGGAUUCUCGUCUACCUAUGCCUGAUUAAAGGUGUAAAGUCUUUAGGAAAGGUGGUAUAUGUGACCGCUACUCUACCGUACAUACUGCUGACCGUCAUCCUUGUCAGGGGACUGACUCUGCCAGGUUCAGCCGACGGUGUCCUGUUUUACUUAACUCCGGACUUUACAAGACUAGCUGAUAUGCAGGUGUGGAUAGAGGCCGCGCUGCAGGUAUUUUACUCACUCGGUCCUGCAUGGGGCCCUAUGAUUACUAUGGCAAGCUACAACAAGUUCAACAACAAUUGCUACAGAGAUGCCAUAGUGCUAACCUUUAUGAGUGAGGGCACCAGUAUAUACGCCGGAUUGGUCGUCUUCUCCGUGCUUGGGUUCAUGGCAAACAAGGCCAACCUACCAAUAUCUGAAAUCGCUAAAUCAGGUCCCGGCCUUGGGUUCAUAGCUUACCCCGAAGCACUGGCCCAGCUCCCGAUUCCGAACCUUUGGGCAGCCCUGUUCUUCAUCAUGCUGCUGACGGUCGGACUAGACAGUCAGUUCGUCCACAUAGAGGCUGUAUGUACCGCCUUCACGGACACAUUCCCCUCUCUGAGGAGGAAGAGGAUGAUCUUCACCGCUAUCAUGUGUGGUGGGUGGUGUUUAGCUGGCCUCCUGAUCUGUACUCAGGGAGGAAUAUACAUAUUCCAAAUGGUGGAUUGGUACGUAGCCUCGAUCUCGCUGCCCCUGUUCGGUUUACUGGAAGCUGUUGUUAUUGGAUGGUUCUACGGUGCGGACAGAUUUGCCCGUGAUAUAGAACUGAUGUUAAAUCGAGGAGUGCCUGUAUUCAUGAGAGUGUGCUGGUGCUUUGUCACGCCUGCUGUCCUCAUGUUUCUUCUGCUGUUUACCUUGUCCACCUACAAACCCCCAACAUACGGGGAGUACGAGUACCCCGGAUAUACGUCAGUCAUUGGCUUCCUUCUGGCAAUGGUACCGAUCAUUCCACUUCCGAUUUGUGCCUUUUUGACGAUUCGUGGAGCACCGGGACAAACAUUGAGGGAGAAAAUCACGACGUCCUUCAAGCCAUCUCCAAACUGGAAACCAAUUUCAAAAUGUCAUGCUAGUGGUUAUGACGCUACAAUGAAAAGUGACGGGGGAACCUAUAUGGAAGUCGUGAAAAGGAAUAUACUGGGAGAUACCAGUUACAACCCGUGAUGUCAACCGGACUGAAAUCUACUGGGAGAUAACAGUUACAACCCGCGAUGUCAACCGGACUGACAUCUCUUCAGUAGAGAUUGUUACAACCCGUGAAACCAACCGGCCUGACAUCUCUUCAGUAGAGGUUGUUACAACCCGCGAUAUCAACCGGACUGAAAUCUCUUCAGUAGAGGUUAUAGCCAACAUGUUGAUAUGUCAUAGUAUGCAUAUCAUAUAUGCGAUCCUCGUUUAUAUCAGUAUAUUAUACAGUGUCUGUAUGCGAUAAAAUGAGAGAAAAAAUGCAUGUUGCUGCGCGCUUUAUCAAUAAUUAUCAUAUUGAUUUAAAUAUUGAUAAAACAAAUUAUCUUACAGUUAUGUUUUGUUUAACAAUGUGUCACGUAAAAAAGCCAGUAUGCUUAAUUUAUGUUUAAGAUUGACAAAAACGGUAUUCCCAUUAUCAUAUGAUUUGUAAAUUUGGCAUAUCUCUGUUAUAGGGAAUAGCAUGUAAUUUUACAAUCAUAUUGUGACUAUUUUAGGGCAUUUAGAUGAUAGCAAUCAUCAGUGAGCUUCUUUUUUAUGCAAUUAAGUCAACAUCUGAUUCUGUACCUACGGGGACAUUGUCUCAGACUAUAUCAGAAAGGGGUCCCCCUAGAAUACCCAAUGGCCCGCAAUAAACAGAAAAGGGGAGACAACCCAAGAAUGGUAAGUAACUGUCGCACCUCUAUACCAAUCGAUGAUUUUUACUUUGAUCUCUCUUUCACAUUUUAAAAUCUUCUUUACUUUCGUGUGUGUGAUUUUGUUCAAGAUCAUGUUAUUAAAUAAAUGGAGGUUUUCAUUGCAUUACCAAAUUAUACGUAAUAGCUUCUAUUUGUACCAAGCAUUACUGUCCAAUUUUGUCAUUGAUAAACAGAAAUUCACAUCAAAAUACUCAGUUUCAAUCCAAGUCUUUCAAUAAUCCUAUAUCGAUUGGCAAUGUUUGUUUCACAAGUGAUACAUGUCUACCAUGUUUAGUCUUUUCUCUACCUGACUAUUUCCACGUCAGCAUGUAUCUAUGAAUGAUCCGAUUUGUAUCGAGAAAUAAAGGUCUAUCAUAUUUAUAUUUAAACUGUAUGGUAGCUUACAUUUGAUAGAUUUCCUCUUAUAAACACAUAUAUUAAGCUUUAUCUAAACCCUUAUUUUGGAGACAGAUACAUUUAAUGUAUCCUUUUAGAGCAUGAAUACGAUCACACGAAUGCUAUGGUAAAAUGACACAGUUUUCAUGUCAAGUGACUCCGUGUGUCCUUGAAAUAAGAUUAUUCCCUCUAAAUUCGUUUUUUUGUUUAUUCUAUCGCUACUUUCACAUUUAAAAGUAUUACUGGAUUCAACACAAAUUAUAUUUGUUCUCUCAUUUAUAUCGUAAAACAUAUAUCUUAAACACGCUUAAAUUUAUCUUUUUCAAGCAAAUAGUGUUCUCAUUUUUAGCGCGUAUUGAUAAACUUAAUAAAUAGCUCAGCAUCGAAUUUCAAAAUGGAGUUAUGAAUGGAAUAUAUAAACCAAUCAAAAAGCUUGUAACAAGCGUCAUAUAUGAUUCCUUGAAAAGUAUUAUCAAUAUGUAACGCCAGAACAAACGUUAAGAAAGAGACAUAUUUUGACUCGGAAAGGCUUAAACACAGAAUUGACAUCUGUCAAGAGGGGAAAAUUCCCAUUUUAGUUUUAAUAAACGUUUUUUUAACUAA